UCUCUCUCCUCCAUUCGUCUCUCAGUGAUGAGCUGAGGUCACAUCUCUCUUCUUUUGUCUUUUGUUUUUCCGUCGUCGUUGUUGCGUCUCUCCCCCGGCUGGUUUCGGCUGGUUUCGGUUCGGUUCGGCUGGUUUCGGCUCGGUUCGGCUGCUGUUUGUCGCAGAUGCUUCAGGAGGAGGAGGCUGAUGGAUCCAGAUCAUAGACGCUGCAGCGCAGAUUCCAGGAGGCGCUGCAGAGAGUGAAGAUGGCCAACACCGUGGCUUCCUACGACCAGCUGGCCCACCAGGUGGAGGCGCUCCGCAAGGAGAACUCCCACCUGAGGAGGGAGCUGGAGGACAACUCCAACCAUCUGUCCAAGCUGGAGACAGAGACGUUCAGCAUGAAGGAGGUGCUGAAGCAGCUCCAGAGUAAACUGGAGCAGGAGGCGGGAACUCUGGCUUCAUCUGGGAGGAGCGACGUCCUGCACCAGCUCAAAGAGCUGCACAUGGACCUCACCAACUACUAUGAACUCAAACACCAGCCUCAUAACCUGAGGCUGCUGGCAGGGGCGGGGCCAGGCAUGGGCGGAGGGGCGGAGCUAGACGACCACCCGGCUUCAUCCCGCCCCUCCUCCUCGUCCUGCUCCAUGGCGAUGGGAAGUGGAGCCAGAAGCCCUCUCAGACCGUCGUCACGUCAGAGCGCGGCAUCGGGAGGGUCCGACGCCGCCAUGAUGCCACAUCACUUCCUGGACGGAGCCCCGCCCAGAACGGCGGUGAUCAGCGGACAAGAUGGACGCCUGGAGGAGCUGUACAAGGAGAGGAACCUGCUGCUGGGGGAGAUCGACUGGGAGGAGAGGGAGCGCUGUUGGUACUUCAGCCAGUUGGAGGCGCUGUCACAGAGACUGGCCCAGUUACCACGGAUCGACACUUUUUCUCUCCAGAUGGAUCUGAUCCGGCAGCAGCUGGAGUUUGAGGCCCAGCGGGUGGAGCUCCUGAUGAAGGAACGCUUCGGUACCAGCGAGAUGGUUCAGAGGACUCAGGUUCGUGUCGCUCGUCUGGAGCAGCUGGAGAAGGAGCUGCAGGAGGCGCGAGGGAGUCAGGAGAACCAGCUACAGUUGUCUGGUGCUGAGAAGCCUCCUGCUGGAGAACCAGAGAACUGCAGCUCAUCAUCAGGACCAGAACCUUCAGAGGGAAACAAGGUGGACAUGGUCUUCUGGCUGCUGUCCAUGCUGGCCAACAGGGACAAGGAGGAGAUGUCCCGGACUCUGCUGGCCCUGUCCAGCUCUCAGGACAGCUGCAUCGCCAUGAGAAAGUCCGGCUGCGUCCCCCUCCUGGUCCAGAUCCUUCAUGAGGCUCCUGGGGAGGCGGCGCCCGGCGUCGCCGUGGAGACGGGCUGCAGCCGCGAGGCCAAGUCCAGAGCGAGCGCCGCCCUCCACAACAUCAUCUACUCCCAGCAGGACGAGGGCCAGGCCCGACGCGAGAUGAGGGUCCUGCACAUGCUGGAGCAGAUCCGGACCUACUGCGACAGCGGCUGGGACUGGAUCGAGAGCCACGCCCCCAAUGGAACCAGAACCACAGAUAUUCCUGAACCCGUGGACCCUCAGAUCUGUCAGGCCAUGUGCGCCAUCAUGAAGCUUUCCUUCGAGGAGGAGUACCGGCGAGCCAUGAACGAAUUAGGUGGUCUGCAGGUGGUGGCUGAUCUGAUCCACCUGGAGCAGGACAUGUACGGGAUGCAGAGCGACCCCAUCAACAUGGCUCUGCGCCGCUACUCAGGGAUGGCGCUCACCAACCUCACCUUCGGGGACGUCGUCAACAAGGCCACCCUGUGCUCCAAGAAGAGCUGCCUCCAGGCUCUCGUGGCCCAGUUGGCCUCCGACAGCGAGGAGCUUCAUCAGGUGGUGUCCAGCAUCCUGAGGAACUUGUCGUGGAGGGCCGACAUCAGCAGCAAAAGAGUCCUCCGAGACAUCGGCUCUGUGUCUGCACUGAUGACCUGCGCCCUGCAGGCCACCAAGGAGUCGACGUUGAAGAGUCUUCUUAGCGCCCUGUGGAACCUGUCGGCUCACAGCAUCGAGAACAAGAUGGCGCUGUGUUCAGUGGACGGCGCUCUGGGCUUCCUGGUGAGCACGCUGACCUACCGCUGCCAGACCAACUCGCUCGCCAUCAUCGAGAGCGGAGGGGGGAUCCUCCGAAACGUGUCGAGUCUGGUCGCCACACGAGAAGACUACAGGCAAAUCCUCAGGGACCACAACUGCCUCCAGACUCUGCUGCAGCACCUGCGAUCCCACAGCCUGACCAUCGUGAGCAACGCCUGCGGGACUCUCUGGAACCUCUCAGCCCGAAGUCCAAAAGACCAGGAGCUGCUGUGGGACCUCGGAGCAGUUAGCAUGCUGCGCAACCUUAUCCACUCCAAGCACAAGAUGAUAGCCAUGGGCAGCGCCGCAGCUUUGAGGAACCUCCUCACAAAUCGACCACUGAAGUAUAAGGAUACCGCAGUCGUAUCCCCCGGCUCCUGCAUGCCCUCCCUCUACAUGAGGAAGCAAAAGGCUCUGGAGGCGGAGCUGGAUGCCAAACACCUCGCGGAGACAUUUGAUACGCUGGAGAGACAGAGCCCCAAACACCUGACUCUUAACAAGCCGCUACGUCACAUCGAGAGCCUGGCGAAGGAUUACGCAUCUGAUUCCGGUUGUUUUGAUGACGACGAGGCCCCGAAUAUAUCCAGCAGUCUGGACACCGGCAGCUUCUCCAUGUUGUCCAUGUUUCUCACCAACUCCAACUUCCUGCAAAACCAGCCACGUAAGAGGGACAGCGAACCUGAGAGAGACGUCGACCCUGGUCAAACGGCUGAGAAGAGACACGCCCCUUCCGAUGACGUCGUCUCAGCUGCUGCAGAGAAGUUAGCAAAAAAGAUCACCAACACGGUGGCCAAGAUCGACAGGCUAGUGGAGGACAUCACCAUGCACACGUCCUCGGAGGACAGCUUGAGCCUCAGCUCUGAGGACCACCUGGCAGACUGGCCUUACGGACUAGAUGAACUCAAUGAAGCCCGGGCCAAGUCCUGCUCUCCCUGCCGUCUCUCUGAUACGAGCAGCUUGGCCCACAGAGACCGACUCAGCAGAGCUCACGCGCUCCUGCGCCUCAAAGCCGCUCAUAGCAGCGUAUCGACAGACAGCCUGAACAGCGGCAGCAGCGACGGUUACUGUGGCAGCAAAGACCAGAUCCGGCCUGCACUGAGAACUACGACCAAGCAACAACGGCCCAACCAGCUCGACCUCAAGGUGGCUCAUCAGGAGUACCCUAGUCUGGGGAAUGGAGGAUUUAAUGAGUCUAAGCAGCAAGAUAUUCCAGAGAGAGAUUUUGUGGACAACAAAGACAUAAAACCUCUAGAGCUCAGCUACACAGAUACAGAAAAGAGCCAAGAGCCACAAGUACAAACACCUGUCAGUGUGUCCACUAAAAUGUCCUCUGACGUCAGCAUGACCUCAAUUAAACUGUCACCGUCUUAUCAGCAGGUGCCACUUAUUCAGAGUGUGGCCAAGUUUGGUGUAGCAAAGACCACCAUCAAUGUCCAGGCUGCCCAGGCAAUGAGGAGGCAAGCAUGGGUACCUACUGCCAUGACUGGGGGAAGUAUCACCAAGUUCUCUCCAAUGACUUCAACCAGAAGUCCAACCAUUGGGACGAUGGAGACGGUCCAGAAAUACUCUGUGGAAAACACCCCGAUCUGCUUCUCCCGCUGCAGCUCCCUGUCCUCCCUGUCCUCAGGGGACGGGGCACUGGACGGACAAAGUGAGAACGAGCUGGAGAGUGACUCAUCCUUAGAAAUAAUUGAGGUGGAAGAUGGAGAAGUGGUGAAGAGGACGGAAGAGGAUGAAACCUUGGAGGAUCUGAGUGACAGCCAGCUGCUGAUGACCGACUCAAAAACCUUCCCCAGCAAAGAGACGCAUCCCAUUGAGAUCCCAUGUCCCGCCAAAAGAGAAAAGGUUUUCCUCAGAGGAGCUUCACCGGCAAUACUUGAAGACAGAUCUCCAUCGAGUUCAUCUGAGAACUACAUCCACGAGACGCCGCUGGUAAUGAGUCGCUGCAGCUCAGUCAGUUCACUGGGCAGCUUUGAGUCUCCCUCUAUCGCCAGUUCAAUCCAGAGUGAUCCCUGUAGUGAGAUGAUUGACGGAACAAUUAGCCCUAGCGAUCUUCCAGACAGCCCGGGGCAAACCAUGCCUCCCAGUCGAAGUAAGACUCCCUGCUGCGUCGAGUCGAAUGGACCAGAAACUCAGACCACGGGAAUCGCGGGUCAGUGGGAAAACAGUCUGCGGAAGUUCAUGGAGAUCACGGACUCUAAAGAGAGGUUCAACCUUCCUCCUGACCUGGACACCAUGAUCUACUUCACUGUGGAAAAGCCCACUGAGAACUUCUCUUGUGCUUCCAGCUUAAGUGCUCUGCCUCUGCAUGAACACUACAUACAGAAGGAUGUGGAGCUGAAACUGACCCCCCUACUCCAGCAGAACGACAACACCCUCGCUUUCCCUGACGAGGACGAGCAAGGACUCGACAAUGGGGAGCGAUACAGUGAGGGCAACUCGGACGACGACAUCGAAAUCUUAAAGGAGUGCAUUAACUCAGCAAUGCCCUCCAAGUUCAGAAAAGUCAGACCUUCCCUGAUGACGACCAUCCCUCCUCAUAUUCUCAAUUCCCAGAUCCGAAAACAAAUACAUCUUCCAGUCUACAUGAUGCUGCCAAAUGGAAAAGCCCAAAUGUGUCACGGCAGGAGGAUUGUCAUCCCACAAAAAGACUUGAAAUUGGAUGAUUCGUCCUUUACCGACUCUGCUGAAGGUACGCCCGUCAACUUCUCCAGCACAACAUCCCUGAGUGAUGAAACACUUCAAUAUCCAGUGAAGGACAGAGGAGCUAAAGAGUGCACCGCUAAAGGCAUGAACAAGCAAGAAGUGAUUGACGAUGAGGCAAAGAGGAUCGAAGACUUGAGGAUAUUCUCACACUUCCACAAACCCACAAACAGGAUGAACUACCCACCUGAGGUACAAGUGAGCCGAACAACCAAACAUGUCGUCCCUACUCAGAGGGUGUUGAUGCAGAGCAAAGAAGUCGCUGACAGAGUGGCCAAACAAAAGAAUCGCGAUCAUUCUCCUAACCAACAAAAGAGGCGGCAAGGUCAAGGCCCGGUCAGAAAACUGGAACUUCCUGUCAUCAAGCAGAACACAGAAGCUAACCUGAAUGUGGGAUCGCAAAAAGGAAAAACGUUGUUUCGACAAAUGACACAUUCUUCAGAGGACAGUAACAGCUUCUACGAUGAGGGAAAUGAAGACAUGAUGAAACAAACGAGUAGAAAACAGAUGAGAGACGUGAGAAGAAAUUCUCUCUCCCAAAGCAUGACUAAUAUAGGACGGACGGAUAACUGCCAAACGAAGCCCAGAGGGUUUCACAGGAUCAAACAGAAUCUGAUGAAGGAUGAAGCGCUAGCAUGUUACUCACUCAGCUCCUCUCUCAGUUCUCUGAGCGACGCCGAAUAUGAGGAUCACAAAUCACAGGCUCAGCAAAUCUGGUAUAAGAACCGGCACAACAAAACUCUGAAUAUGAUGCAGCAGUCAAAGCCUGUGAACAUCCACUGCCAGUACGAAGAGCAGAGCUCGCCGAGCUCUGUCAGUGUUGAUUCAGAGGACGACCUCCUUCAGAAAUGCAUAACAUCUGCUAUGCCAAAGCAGAGGAGGAAGCUGGCUGCCAGGAAGAAGAAAGCAGAGAACGCUCAAAAACAAAAGCAGAAGGCCUUUGAAGGGUGGGAUGUGGAGGAGGAGAUGGACAGUGAUGACAUGGCGUGGGAUAAAGAUUCAGACCUCAAUAGUGUUGAAUGGAGGGCCAUACAGGAAGGCGCUAAUUGUGUCGUCACUGGUCUCCAGGCGUCAAAGUCUCAAGAGCCGUCCUCCGAAGAGACAGAAUCCGUCCUGUCAUUCAUGUCCACAUCCAGCUUCACACCCAAAGAGAGAAAGUUUGCUAAAGACAAAAAGGCAAAUAAACCUUUAGACUUCGCUCAGCGCAAACCAGUUCCAAACUUACCCGUUGUAUUCAGAGGCAGGACCGUGAUCUAUACCCCCAAGAAAGAGACGGCUCCCUCACAAAGACCUCCUCCUAGAAAGGUACCAACGAAGACGGAUGCCCCAAAGAACCCAAACCUUGCUCAGCACAGAUCAAAGAGCCUCCAUCGACUUGGCCGCCCCCAGGACACGGAACUGUCUUUGCCAAAGAGAAGCUCUACUCCACCUCCAAGGAUACCAAAGAGUUCCUCCUCCGGAUCCUCUCAGAGCUCUACACCAUCCAAACAGUCACAGAGGAAGAUUACAUCCCCAAAUCAGACAAAUAAACCCAUCCAGAAGAAGAACACCACGCCAGCGAGUGUUCCUACAGCCAGUAGUCCCCCAGAAAGAAAGGGACGCUCUCCUGCUGUGAAUCAAAAUGAAAAAUCCCCACCACCUAAAACUCAAAAGUCUCCUGUCCGAAUCCCUUUUAUGCAAACUUCAGCCAGGCAAUCCAGACCUCUGUCCCCUCUGGUCACUAACCAUACAACCAACAGACAAACUAAUCAGGUCAAUGGGAAAAGGGUGCUGCCGCCCAAUCGGUUCGACUUGGUCAGGAUGACUUCGGUCCAUUCUAGUAGCGGGGAGUCUGAUCGCAAUGGAUUCAUGAGACAGCUGACGUUUAUUAAGGAAUCAAAGCCCAUGCUAAGACGUGACAGCUCUGCUCGCAACAACCCAGGAUCUCAAAAUGGAUCCCCCCGCAGAGCAGUUCCCGGAGCUGCAGCCGUCUUCCUGUGCUCAUCACGCUGUCAAGAACUAAAGGCGGCGGUACAAUCCCCAAGAAGGGUCCAGGUAAAGGAUCCAGGACAAGCACAGCAACCCCAGAAGACAAACCCUGGCCUCCAGAAGCACACCACAAACCUCUCCAGGGCUACAUCCAGUGAACGGGACCUAUCUGCAAGACGCCCAUCCAGGAGAACCAGCUCUGAAAGCCCAUGCAGGGUGGCUCAGCGGAACGGGCCCGGCAGAGUGUCCAGUGUCAGGCAGCAACUAGACAAAGACACGUUUAAACGCCACGCGUCCUCACCGAGCAUAAACGUCCUGAGCAGAGUGACCAGCCGUUCCUCCCUGCGCUCCUCGUCGUCUGAUUCCAGUGGAAGAGCAAAAAGUGAGGAUGAUACAAAGAAGAAAGGGCAGAGAUCCUCGUCUCGGCUGAAUGACGGACUGACCUGGAGGAGGAUCAGGGACGAGGAUGUACCUCAGAUCCUGAAAAGCACUCUGCCGGCCAAUGCAUUACCUCUGGUGCCUUCUCCUGAGGCCGAAAAGCCAAAGCCACUAGCUCUUCCAGGAAAGCUGCCAACCAUCUUACUUGCAUCUCGCAAAACAAGUGACGCAACAGUCCAGACAGAAGACUUUUCAAAUAAUAAGACCCAUUCAAGCACCUCUCCAACAGUGGACACGACUCUGGGGACCUCGGAGGAAGUAGCACGACUGAGCCUCCUCAGAAAGAUCAGUUCCACCUCUGGGAACAACCUCCAGGACGGAGAUUCAGAUGGACGCAGCCACAGCAGCGUCUCCACAGGGACGACCGAGAACCACGUGGUCACUUUCCGACAAGGAUCUCCGAGCAAGGCCGCCCGAGUUACGCCGUUUAACUACGUCCCCAGCCCGAUGACCUGCUGCCUGCAAGAAACACUGAACCAAGCGGCCGCAAUCAACGAGAAGUCAGGAGAAAAGACUGAGUCGUAGAGAGUGAACAUGAGUCAAAGUCAGCGCUAGGACGGACGGACGGACGGACAUGAGAGUGCUGGUCCCUAUACCUCGGGUACUGACCCUUUAUUUACCCCGUUCACUGUAUUCAAGUUGUGUUCUCUGGACAAUCGAUCACCGCUUCCAUUUACCCUUAAUAAAGAGUUGGAUGUAUGCAGUGAGGCUGUUCUGACCUGAACGGACCAUCAAUAACUUUUAGAGAUGCACUUCAGAGGAAACUCUCUGACGUGACAAGGAGGUGCAUCGUUUUGUACUUUUUUUUGUAUUUGUAGAAUAAUCAUUGCCUGGUAGAAAUGUAGUGAAAACAUGAAGCAAGAGACAAUGAACUCAGCACAUAAACUACCAUCGGUCUCCUGGAUAUAGUCGACAGAAAGAACAAUCUUAUGCAAACGUCAGCCUGGGAAGCCACGAACUGUGGCCCGUCACAGGACAACUACAUGUAAAGUAUUUUUAACAUGAAAUACAUCGACGCUCUCAAUCCUUCACGACUCAUCACGUCAUCCCUUCCUGUCUCAAACGGAGCCCAGUACGGGUCAGGAAAACAUUAGUGAUGAAGUAUGUUUCAGUUUAGUAGCACUACCACUUUACUUCCAGCUCAGAAAUAUCCGGUAACAUCUAGAUUUGAUCGUGAUCCUCCAACCUUUCACAGUUACUCUUCUGUCCAUCGCCACAUAACCAAGUUGUGCUGACAUUUUCAAAAAGGUGAUAAUUACCAGUGUGUAAACGUUAUUCAUUGAAUUAUACAAGAGGACAAACUAUUAGGAGCCACCAGCGAACAUGUGACUGAUCUCAGCUUUGUAAAGUAUGAGCCUUAUGGUUUCAUCCCACAGGUUUAAAGGCUGAACGGAGGCUUCAUCACUAAUGUUUCCUUUGACACCAACUGGACUCGUUCACCCUCACAGAAAAUAAUAUUAUAACAAAUCCUGUCAUGGUCCAAACCUUCGACUGUACCUUAGAAAUGACGCUUCCUGGUCAGACUGAGGCUGGUGUGGAUGUAGGUUUUAGGUGGUUAAUAUUAUGCUGACGUACGUUGAAGAGACGCCGUCGGUUUGACCAAUGGGAGGAGGUGGAGACACGAUGUCCCUGGUUCAGUUUCUUAAUAAUCAGUAUUGUAAAUAACCUGCAGAUAUUCAGACGCCCCGCGGCAGCAUGCUCUUAUAUUCACUGUAUACAGGCUCCUGUAACUAACCACACCACAGCGUUUCUGGCCAUCUGUGCUCGUGUCGCGUAGAUUUAUAAAAAGCUACGAGGGGUCGGCGCCUCUUCGCCGCUACGACCCGAUGGACGGCGGCUUUGAGUGGACGGACGUGCUGUCCUCCGGACGUCUCUAUAACGUGUUAAUAUCUGCUUAACUGUGUUGCUGUAAAAGUAGUGAUAGAUGGAGAAGGAUAUAAAGACUCAGUAUUCUCUGUAGUUGUACCAUCACUCUUUAAUGUCGCCUGCAGAGCUGGAUGGAGACGAGUUUCUUUGUUUUUUUAUUCAUUCAUAAAAAUUCCCAAAGCAUGUUUUAAAUAGAUAGAAACCCUCCGAGCUCCUGGAUGCAGCCUUCAGGUCACGUUUGAGUCAGACACUGGGCUCAGACUGAGGUCGGCUUCAGGUUCACAGAAUCUGAGACAAAAGAAACAUCUGAAAAACGCACAAACACGAUUUGAGUAUUAUAUGGAUUUAAUUUGACUGGUUUCUGAGAACAUGAGUCAAACUGUCUCGACUGUUUAAAGCAAUGAAUCAAACAUUUCCUGGUUCCUGCUCCAUCUCCUUGUUUUACAUGAAGUUAAACUGAAUGUUUUGGUUCAGUUUGGAAGCAUCAGAAUGAAAGUCAGUGCUUAAAAGGAUGUUUUAUUGGAGCUUCAGGCUUUAGAGGUGGAUUAAUAAUCUGUAUCCGACACAGAAGAGACGGAGGGUUUCACCUGGACAUGGACAUGAUGGACUGAUGAAUGAUGGACUGAUGGACUGAGGGGGAAAACUCCUGGAGGUUUGUCAGCUUCUCUUUGUUCUGGAGCUUCAGCGUGAGCUCGGUCGAACCACAGAGUGAAAUGUGUCAUUAUUAAUGUCUUCAUCCAAUAAAAAGUGGCGUGUUUCCUUAAA